AUGCUAAUCAUCCUGAGUGUUGUGUUUGUUCCGGGUCUGGGAAAAGAUCAUUCGGAAUAUUGGGGCUCUGGUCUUGACAACCUUGAUUCCUAUCUGCCCUCCGGGACAUUCACUUCCUCUGUGAGGAAGCGAGUUUCGAGAUUCAACUACGCCGUUGCAAAUAACUUUGGUGGUAUAUUUACCAGGAAGGGCGUUAGGCGUCAAGCGCUACGUCUUCUUGACGCCCUGGUUGAACGAAGGUCGAUUAACGGAGAGAAUUGCAGUCUCGUCUUCAUCGCUCAUGAUGUCGGAGGCACUCUGGUCAAGGAAGCGCUCGCUCUGGCCGGCCAAAGCUCUGGGAAAUAUACCAGUGUCUUUCUGCAUACUAACGCUAUUGUAUUCUUGGGCUGUCCGCAUCGAAGCAAUGGACCCUAUGAGCUGAGGAAAGAUUUGGUCAAGCUCCUGAAUCUUCAGAUUUUCGGAUCCAUCAGUGAGUCAGAUUCUUGGGCAGUUACCUAUGGAAUGCCAGAUUGGAUCCGAGAUGUCAACUUUGCUUUCGCUGAGUCGAGACUAUCGAUUUGGGCCGGAGUGAUUAGCGUCUUCUCAUGCUAUGGCGAACCAUCUCUAAGAAUCUUUGACGAAUCCGUGGCCACAAUGGAACUCCCAUUCGAAGCACGCCUAAACCUAGGGGUCGAAAUGUCCCACCAGAAUCUGGUACUUGCCUGUGAGACUAUCGGCUUCAAUGAUCUCUUAAAACGGAGUUUAUGGCCUUGCGGUGAUGACCAAGGCUACAUUUUAUCUCUCGCGUCCCAAACUCCUCCACAAUAUUCGCUGAAUGCGUCAUCUAAAGAUCUCAGACAGUACGAAUGGAUCACCACCGACAAAAAUUUCCAGGCAUGGAAGGAAACUGAUGGACUACAACUCCUUCUGAUUCGUCUCGACGCUGUCGAGGCUGCCACUGAAACAGCAGAAUCCUUAUUCCACUUCCUGGACGACAGCAAAGCGUCAGGGCGCCAAGGUGCGAGUUGUCUCUACUACGAAUUCAUACCGUCCGACAUACGGCUCAACUCCAUCGAGUCCAUGCUGUAUCUAUUCUUGGCUCAGAUGCUUUCCCGAUGUCACAACGGCCAAGGCGAGCAAGCGAACAUCGGGAGAAGGCUGGUGGGGUUUCUGGACAAAUUCGCAUGGUUGAACCGAGAAGACCUGCUUGUGAUCUUCAUGGAGAGCCUCCUUGACCUUGGCACAAGAGAUCAAGGCGUUGUAUUGGUACUGGGGAAUCUACAAGACAAUAUUACCUCGUGCGACUGGUUCCUGAGUAAACUCAACAGCCUGGCCGAGGAAUGCGAGGCAAGAAUCAAGGUCAUCAUCACCACUCUCAAAGUUGCACAGCCAGAACAAACAGCACUCUGGCCAGAGGUUGGCGUCGAGGUUGAAGCGAGUCGUCAGCCCGAGCAUCAAGAUUGUACCAAAGUCCCAGAGCAAACUGUCAACGGAACUGCCUCGAAAAAUUUGGAGAAGACCGAAAUCAUUCAUCGACCAGAUCAGAGGGACCUGGCUGGACAUCUCGACAUUGACUUCUUGAGACUGGCACAGACUAGUUCAAUGACAGAAAAGGCUCAUACCCUGCUUUCGCACCUCCUCCAAGCAUGCAGGGGAGAUAAUGAUUUGCGAUUGAUGGUGAUCAACUGGCACAGAACCUGGCAAUCUGAUACGUGUCUGAAUACUCCGGCCCUACGAGAGCUUCAAUCGAGCAAUGUCACCCCCAAGGUUGUGUUCAAAGCCAUUCUGUUCUCUCUACCUCUGGCCACAGACCGGUUCUUACAUGACAUUUUGAACCUAUUGCUCUACUCGAUUCGCCCAUUGAGCGUUCUUGAGCUGAAUGAUCUAGCCCGACGCAACGGGGAACAGGCCGAGAACUUCGAGCUACUCGAGACGCCGACCCUCAGCUUACAUCCAAGGUUACAGUCCACCUUGGGUGGUCUAGUACAGGCCAACGGGUACGAGGUCCAAUUUGCCCAUAGAGACCUUCGUCGAUAUCUGUUGGCCGACGAUUCUCCACUCACAACUCCCACAUGGAAGGCUCACCAGGAGAUAGCAGACUUCUGCCUCAAACACAUCAUCAGCAUUCGAGGUGGUGAUUCCGUUACAGAUGAGUGGCCUAGAGGCAGGGCGGCUAUUGCGGUCGAACAGCGACACACCUUUUUGCACUACGCGGUGCGAUGGUGGCCUCGCCAUGCUCUGCUGUCUGAGGCUGGAAGACCGUACUGCACCAAUCAGUUUCUCGACUUCUGGAACAACGGUCCUUUAGCGGACUGGGCCAAGAUGCACUGGGAGCUCCAAAACCCUUUUACCCGGGGCAGCAUCACGAAAGACAACCCUCUUGCCGUUCUCGCUGCCAAUGGUCUUUUAGAAGCGUUGUUCCAGGUGAACAAUGGACAACUACAAUGUUGGUCAAAAACGUCUGAUGGUCUGCUUUACCACAGGCUCAUCCAAUCAGUUGAAGCGGCAGCGGGAAACGGUGAGCUGGAGACUGCUCUGGGAGUCAUCGAGAAGCUAGGCGCUCUUCCUGAUUCUUGGGAUAAUGUGAUGCUUGCCGCCAUCCAGUUAGGCAAUCGAAAAGCAGCGACGGAAUUGAUCAGCCUUGGUCUUCGAAACCUGGAGAACGUUCAAGACCCAACUCUCCUCCUGUGUCGAGCAUCAUCGCUUGGGGAGACCACUGUUGUGAAAGAGAUUCUACCUCUGACAAUCGAGACAGACCAACAGAAUGCGACGGUUGCUGGACUGACUGCUCUGCAGCACGCCUGUUCCAGAGGCAAUCUCGAGGCAGCAGAACUCCUUGUCAACUAUGAUGACAUUUUCUUCAAGACUGAACACAAGGAGACGGCUCUGGAACUUGCCUGUAAAUUCGGGCAUACUGAAAUUGUCGACCUAUUGACCAAGGCCGCUGUGUUUCGUUCCGAGGUGGCUGACGUGGCAGACGUGUUUGAAGCGUGUGCGGCGCUUGCGAUCAAAUUCGGACAUCAUCGUAUCUUGGACCAGGUCUUGACGGCUUUAAAACAGGCAGAGUUCGAGGAGGAAGCUGUCGUGGAUUGGGUGACUGCAGUAAUCACCAUGAAACGCCACAAGUGCUGGAACGUUCUCUGGAGCCAUAUCAGGGACCUUGUCAAUCCGGAGGAGAACAGUUUCCUCAACGCUUUGAAGAGCGCAAUUGAGUCUGGGUUCUCACUGGCAUAUGGUGACAUGCUAAAGGCCGAGGGGGCACUCGCAGGGGGUGCCUAUGACCAAUUGCUCGAGUGUGGCAUCGUAUUGGACUGGGACUUACAAGCCAUCGACGCGAUCCUCGCCGCUAGCCGUGAACACUGCUCUCCGGAAGAGCAUGCCCAGAUGCUUGAGGACGCUAUCCAUGUCGCGGUGGCGCAACAACGAGAAGAAACCUUGCGCCUGCUUGUCCGCGAGGGAGCGCCGCUCGACAAGCGAGAUUGGAAUGGUGCCACUCCGUUAUUUCGCGCGGUAUAUGCUCGAUGCUCUGGCAUUGCUCGCAUUCUGAUCGAGGCGGGAGCAGACCUAGAGGUGCUAGACGAUGAUGGUGAUUGGCGGCCGAUUCAUGCUGCCUACGACGAUGCAACUACCACACGUUUGUUGAUCCAAAAGGGAGCAGACAUCAAUGCUAAGACAAAGAAUGGAUGGACUUGUCUCUAUUAUGCAGCAAAAUGGGAUAAAGAAGAGGUUCUCGAGGCACUACUCGAGCACAGACAAAGAAUCAACCCCGAUGCCAUACAGGAGGCUUUGAGCGCGGCCGUCUCCAAACUGAACACUCGAUGCGUCGGCCGCCUCUUGAGCGCGGGGGCAGAUCCUCGGAACCUUCCUUCGCAGGGCUGCGAGGAACUUAUGAAUGCCGUCAAUGGCGGUGCAAAAGACAUUGUGAAAAUGCUGCUAGAGUUCAACCUGGAUCUGGAGAAGGCCAAGGACGUGUACGGUUACUCGGUCUUGAAUCGAGCCGUUCUCCUCACCCGCCGUGAAGACGAUGAGUCAAUUGUCAAAGCGUUUGUCAAUAGAGGAGCCGAUCUAGAAAGCGCCAGCAAUGACGGCUACACGGCUCUUUGCAGUGCGGCAUGGCAAGAUAACUUGGAGAUCGCUCGGUACCUGAUCCUCAAGGGCGCGAGAAUCAACAUUACUGGCGGUCCACAUGGUGGGCCGCUCAUACGUGCCUGCCGGAUGGCAUCCUUGGAUAUGGUCAAGCUCCUGUGCAAACAUGGCGCAGACACCAACAUCGUCCAUCCGGGUGUUAACGGCACGCCACUUCAAGCGGCGCUGCUGCGCGACCCGGGCCCAGAAAAAGAUAGCAUCAUCAAGUACCUGCUUGACGACGCCGAGGACACGGCCGACGCCAAUCUGACAAGCAACUGGUGGGGAGGGCCCCUGAGCGUGGCGGUCCUCAGCGGCACCAUGGAAGUGAUAAGGCUGCUGUUGGAAAGGGGCGCAAAGGUCAACAGCGUUGACAGGGUCGGCCGCCAGGCUAUCCACUAUGCUCUCUACCGAUCGAUCGACCGGGUGGAGCUGCUGUGCCGACCUGAACAUGGCGCGCAGCUUUUCGAACCUGACAAGAUGGGCAGGGGCGCUCUCCAUCUCGCGGUUGUCAGCGGUCGUCUCGAUCUAGUUCGGUAUGUCUUAGACAAGGCCAGAGAGAGAGGUCUGGAUGUUGUCAACUCCAAGGACAGAGAUCAAUGGCCACCGCUCCUCUGGGCCAUGCGAAAAUGCACUUUCUGGGAUGCCCAGUCUGAUAACAGACAAGAGAUCCUCGAAGAACUGCUCCACCACGGGGCAGAUCUCUUCGCGGAAGGUCUGGGCCUUGACCGGAAGUGGACAGCGCUGAAGCUCGCGAACCACUACAACCUGCCCUCCAGUAUCAUCGAUUUCCUGGAGUUGCGUGCCGCCGCAUUGAAUCGAACUUGGGACAGUUCGUCACGGCAUGCGAGAAGAGCCAAACCUUGUAGCGAAAAUUACUACUGCGACUCAUGUUUGAUCGUGACUGCUACAACUACAAACUUCACCUGGAUGAAAUUGACGCCAUUAAGUUGCGUCCUCGGACCUCAGGCGAUUUUCAGGAACUCACUGUCUCAAUUUUCAUUCCACCUCAGAUUCUUGUCCCGGUCCUAUCCUCCGCUUCUCCUGGUCAAUCACGAGUUUCGCGCUGUUACAUUCAACUCCAGAUCUCUCGACCUACGGCCAAAGCCCAAUAUGACACAAGGGAGGCAGUCGACCCUUGGUAAAUUCCUCGGGAGCAAACAGAACGGCAACAAAUCAAAAACCCAGUCUACUCUCUCGUUCAACCAAAAGUCAACUCCCAAUGGUAAAAAGGAGGACGAUCCACCCAAAGAGGAGAAUGAUGUGACUCUAGAUCCGGAAAAAGGACAGGCGGACGACGUCGAGAAUAACAAGGGAGAAAGCAACACUUCCCCGAGCAGAAAGCACAAGCUAGAGUCCACAGAAGAGGACGAGGAAUCUGAUGAUGAGCCUGUGGUCAAGAGACGGAGGCGAAAUUCUGCGUCCAAAGAUAAGCCCAAGGCAUCGCCAAAGACAAAUGGUGUCUCAAGAACGGAUUCCGACCCCGACACCGAAAAGACGUCUUCGAAACCGGUCAAGCCACAACAAGAGGAACCAGAACCAUCAGAUCGUGCUAGCAGUGUAUCAGAAGCUGAAGAUGAUGUCUCUGCAAGUGAAGAUGAGAACCCCAAGGUUGACAAAAAGCAAGUGGCCAAAAUUCAAGCCACCAUUAAAUCAACAGGGAAAGAUCCUUAUCCUGAUUGGAAGGCCGGUGAGCCCGUACCAUACGCGGCACUGUGUACAACCUUUUCUUUGAUCGAACUCACUACCAAACGUCUCCAGAUCACGGCCUACUGUUCAGCCUUUCUCCAGCAAGUACUCCGAUUGACCCCACAAGAUCUCCUGCCUACGAUUCAACUUAUGCUGAACAAGCUCGCCGCCGACUACGCUGGCAUCGAACUUGGAAUAGGGGAAUCGCUGAUCAUGAAAGCCAUCGGAGAGAGUUCUGGCCGCUCGUUAUCGGUCAUUAAGGCGGAUCACCAAAAGAUUGGUGACCUCGGUCUGGUUGCAGCCAAGAGCAAAUCUAAGCAGAGCCAGAUGUUCAAACCCAAACCGCUGACUGUCCGUGGUGUCCAUCAGGGAUUACUCGAUAUUGCCAAGAUGGAAGGGCAAGGUUCACAAGAUCAGAAAGUUCGAGCCAUCAAUAAACUCAUGGCAUCUGCAGAUGUCUCAUCCACGAGUAAAACCGUCGAUAUCACCAAGGACAAAGGAGGUCCUUCCGAAGCCAAAUUCUUGGUUCGUUUCCUGGAAGGAAAAUUGAGACUGGGCCUUGCGGAGAAAACAGUCAUCAUUGCAUUGGCACAGGCCGUCGUCACUCACGAGGCGACGAAGGAGGGCAAGGUUCCUACUACGGAUCAAUUGGCGCAGGGAGAAGCUGCCUUGAAAAUGGUUUACAGCCAGCUGCCCUCAUACGAAGUCAUCAUUCCAGCAAUGCUGGAACAUGGCAUUUUCCACUUACACGAGACGUGCAAGUUGCAGCCAGGGGUGCCCCUGAAGCCCAUGCUUGCCAAACCAACCAAGGCAAUCACUGAGGUGCUUGACCGCUUCGAGGGCAAAACCUUCACAUGCGAAUAUAAAUACGAUGGGGAGCGUUCUCAGAUCCACUACAUUGCCCCGGAAGCCAUUUCCGAAUACCCAGCGGCGCAGAAUACACUGACCAAAGAUCCAAAGGCAUUCAAAGGUCUGGCAGCCGUGUUCUCGAGGAACUCUGAGGAUCUGUCCAAAAAGUACCCCGACAUCCUGGAGAAACUCAAUACGUGGAUCAAGCCCACAACGAAGAGUUUUGUGCUGGACUGUGAAACCGUCGCCUGGGAUCCUCAAAACAAGAAAAUCCUACCGUUCCAGCAACUUAUGACCCGGAAGCGCAAAGAUGUCAAGACAUCUGAGGUCACGGUCAAAGUCUGUGUCUUUGCCUUCGACAUGCUCUUUUAUAACGGUGAAGCGCUUGUGCAGAAAACAUUCCGUGAGAGACGAGACUUACUACAUGACGCCUUCGUGCCAGUAGACGGCGAAUUCCAAUUUGCCCAAUACGGCGAUGCCAAGGAUGUCGAAGAGAUUCAGCAUCUACUCGAUGAUGCUGUCAAAGCAUCUUGCGAAGGCUUGAUGGUGAAGAUGCUCGACACGGAAGAAUCGGCUUACGAGCCUUCGAAACGCUCGAGAAACUGGCUCAAAGUGAAGAAGGACUAUCUCUCUACCACAGGUGACUCUCUGGAUCUUGUGGUUCUAGGGGCUUACCACGGCAAAGGUAAGCGCACAUCCUGGUAUGGUGCUUUCCUUCUUGCCGCAUACAAUCCAGAGACCCAAAAUUUCGAAACGGUUUGCAAUAUUGGCACCGGUUUCUCUGAGUCCCUGCUCGAGGAGCUCGCCAAGGAGCUCUCCGAAAUAGUGAUUGAGCGCCCUAAACCCUUCUACUCUCAUUCGACCGUCAAAAAUGACCAGCCAGAUGUUUGGUUCGAGCCGCGGCAUGUCUGGGAAGUGAAGACUGCGGAUCUUACGUUGAGUCCCAGAUACCGGGCCGCAAUUGAGGAGAUGGGCGGCAAGAACGGAAUAAGCCUCAGAUUUCCCCGGUUCAUCCAGCGAAGAGACGACAAGAAGCCGGAAGAGGCGACAACAAGUGCGGACGUAGCAGAGAUGUACAGGAAACAGGAGGUGGUGCAGAAGGAACAGUCGGGCAAGACUGGAGUGGAUGACGACUUUGAGUAUUAA